CUUCCUACUUGUCUUGGAGCUGCGUGCUUGUGUUAGCUAGCAACAGUCAUGAGAAAAACUAUUAUAAUGUGUUGAUAUUAUAACAUCAUAUAUCGUGUAUUACUUCACUUUAUAUUAAGUAGUUUAUCAAACGUUCGUCACGAUGGGUUUGCUGACGAUACUGAAGAAAAUGAAGCACAAGGAGAGAGAGAUGCGACUACUAAUGUUGUAUCCUUUCUGCUGAUAAUGAAAGAAGAGUUGUGAUGAGUUAGUCAGCGACGAUGUUUACCUAGCUAUAGCUACAUAACUAUAUGUCGUAGAUAUGCGGAUGAAAGUGGUUUAUCUACCUAUGUGAUCGGACUAGUUUUGUCGCCUCACGUUGGGUCUGAUACAGUUGUGUUUUCUAAGUGGCCAGUUAGCUAUGGUCAUCUAGCUUCGCCUGUCGGCAAGUAGGCCUAGCUAGCUACUGCGACUAUCUGCCCGUCACACCCAUAGCUAGGCUACAUAUCUUGCGAUGUUUAGAAGCUACGUUUGUUAACCCACUGGUUAAACGAUUACUCAGCUAUAUGGCUAUCCCUGCCUAAUACAAGUGGUGCAAAUGAUGAUGAUGAUGAUGAUGAUGUGUGUGUGUCACCCUCUAAUCUGUACGGAGGUCCCCCUGGCCAGUUCCAGUCCUUAACCAUGUACUACAGGGGUCUAGACAACGCUGGUAAGACCACUAUUCUGAAGAAGUUCAAUGGCGAGGACGUGAGCACCAUCUCUCCUACACUGGGGUUCAAUAUCAAAACCUUGGAGCAUAAAGGGUGAGUCAAAACACGCUACCGUUAUCAUCAUCAGGAGGGUCAUCUUGCACCCCUUAUCUUAGGCAGACGGGAGACUUCACACACUUUUAUUUAACCGUUCAUUCACUCCUCUCUUCUCCUCGUCCUCCACUCUCCCUCUCCUCCUAUCCUCAGGUUCAAGUUGAACAUCUGGGAUGUGGGCGGUCAGAAAUCCCUUCGUUCUUACUGGAGGAACUACUUUGAGAGCACCGAUGGGCUGGUGUGGGUGGUAGACAGCGCAGACAGACUGAGGCUGGAGGAUUGCAGACAGGAACUCAGCUCUCUGCUGCUGGAGGAGGUACCUAGAGGGUUACACACACUUAAACACACAGAGGAGUAAACACACACAAACUCUCACACACACACAAAAGGUGGAGCGCAUACCCCCAACACACACACACACACACACAUGAAUGAAUGACUAACUUCUCUCUCUCUUCCUUUAUCUACCCCCUUCUCUCUCCCUUCAUUUAUCUACCCCCCUCUCUCUCUCCCUUCCUUUAUCUACCCCUCUCUCUCCCUUCCUUUAUCUACCCCUCUCUCUCCCUUCCUUUAUCUACCCCCCCCUCCUUCUCUCUCCAUUCCUUUAUCUACCCCCCCCCUCUCUCCAUUCCUUUAGCUACCCCCCCCUCUCGUGUCCCCUUCCUUAUCUACCCCCUCUCUCUCCCUUCCUUGAUCUCCACCCCACCGCCUCUCUCCCUUUAUCUAACCCCCCUCUCUCUCUCUCUCUCUUCCUUAUCUACCCCCCUCUCUCAUCUUGCUUUAUCUACCCCCCUCUCUCUCCAUUCCUUUAUCUACCCCCCCCCUCUCUCCUUCCUCUCCCUUCGUUUAUCUACCCCCCCUCUCUCUUUUCUUCCUCUCAUCCCUUUCGCUAGAGGUUAUCAGGAGCUACUCUCCUGGUGUUCGCCAACAAACAGGACCUUCCUGGAUCCCUGAGUAAAGAGACCAUACGAGAGGUGAGAACACAGUUCCCCCUACACACACACACACACACACACACACACACACACACACACACACACACACUGACUCCCUCACAAUUUCUGUGUUUUUAUCAUCAGUUGGUUGGAAAUACUUCAUCUCUUACUGUGUGUGUGUGUGUAGGCCCUGGGCCUGGAUGACAUUAAGACCCAUCACUGGUGUAUCAUCGGCUGCAGUGCUGUGACAGGAGAGAACCUACUGACAGGAGUAGACUGGCUACUGGAUGACAUCGCUGCACGCGUCUUCACUGCAGAUUAGCACCCCGGGUUUGCAUUAAUAAAACGCAUCUGAAGAAGCUUCAGUGUUUCUCAACCUCCGGUCUGUGGGAUGUUGUUUGCUAUAUAAUGCUAGUUUUAGGGGAUAGUUUCCCAGACACAGAUGUUUUUCAGUCCAGGACUAGGGUUAAUUGGUUUCCAGGAAACCACCCCUGAAUGUGCAAUCGCACAAAACCUAGCUUUCCUGUCCCUAAUUAGAAAAAGGUUGAGAAACACUAGUAGGCCAGUCUGGGUACCAGUUUGUGCCAUCAUGCCACUGCACUGCUUGUCAUGCCAAACAACAAGGAGUGGGAUGACAUCACAAACAGAGGGAUG